ACAUUUCAAUAGUCAGGUGGAGGACAACAAAGCAGAAUUUGGGAUUAACAAUUUAAUUAUCUUAACUAUCUUAUAUCGUUUCUUAAAAAAUAUAUUUAUUGCGUAUUUCAAUGGAAUAAUACGACACAAGAAAUAUGUCAAAUGUUGUAAAAAUCAAAUUCCAUUUCCUUAUUGAUCACUUGUUAUUAUUUAUUUCUUACUGAUGUCGCUUGCUCACCUUUUUGAUUGUGAAUAAUUGAAUAAUAAUUAAAAAUAAGUAAAAAGUCAGGUCACAUGACAGGAACUGGAGCAUUUAUUCUGAAAACCGGCCCGGAAGCCCCGUUUCCCUGUCAACAGACAGAAGUCGUCAGUUAGCAUUAGCCGUUAGCACAUUUCUGGAGAGGAGCCUGCGGACUAAAGUUCACACGUCACUGUGUGAUGUCAUGUCGGUGCUGCAGCAGAGGAUCAGCUCUGCUCAGGUGUUGCUGCAGCGAGCCGAGCAGCUGUGUCCGGGGGUGGAGGGUCACCAGAAGCUCUGUGGGAAGCUGCAAGCCGAGUUGCGCUUCCUGCGGCGAGUGGAGGCCGGACAGCUGCAGGUCAAAGAGUCUCACCUGCACAGCACCAACUUGACUCACCUGACGGCCAUUGUGGAGUCGGUUGCGAGUCUGGAGGACGUAGUCGCUCUGCUGCACGUCUUCACCUACCAGGACGCCUCUGGUCAUCGUCAGACGCUGGUGGUGGACGUGGUGGCUAACUCGGGACACACAUGGGUGAAGGCGGUGGGCAGGAAGGCGGAGGCUCUGCACAACAUCUGGCAGGGGCGGGGUCAGUAUGGAGACAAGAGCAUCAUCAGGCAGGCGGAGGACUUCCUGCAGGCCAGUCGCCAGCAGCCUGUCCUGUACCGACACCCCCAAAUAGUCUUUGCCUUCUACAACGGUGUCUCCAGCCCCAUGGCCGACCGCCUGAGGGACAUGGGCGUCUCUGUCCGUGGGGACAUCGUCGCUGUCAACGCUGUGACGGAAGAAGGCAGCGAUGAAGAAGAGGAGGAGGGGGAGGAUGAGGAGGAGGGGGAGGCAAAAGAGGAUAACCGUGAAGAGGAAGUGGCGGGAUCUGAGCUGACCCGUGUGGACCGUAGUACGGUGGUGGCCAGCCUGGCGUUUCCUGCCCAGGUGCAGGUGGAGGAGUGUCGGCGGGUGAACCUGGACAUCACCACGCUCAUCACGUACGUGUCGUCCCUGAGUCACGGCCACUGUCUCUUCACCUUCAGGGAGCCGGUGCUGACGGAGCAAGCUGCCCAGGAGCGUCGCCUGCAGGUGCUGCCUCAGCUCGACGCCUUCAUGGCUGGAAAGGAGCUGUUCGCCUGCCGCGCUGCCGUCACCGACUUCCAGCUCAUCCUGGACACGCUGGGCGGGCCGAGCGAGAAGGAGCGCGCUCAGACACUGCUAGCCCGCCUCCGUGUGGUGGACGACCAGCCAUCAGAGCGAACGCUGCGUCUCACAACCAGCGCCAAGGUCAACCAGCGCUCGCUCACCAUCUUCGGUACUGGAGACUCGCUGAGAGCCGUUACCAUGACGGCAAACAGCCGAUUUGUAAGGGCAGCAGCCAAUCAGGAUGUUCGAUACAGCGUGUUCAUCCACCAACCACGAGCCCUGACUGAGGGCAAGGAGUGGAGGGCCACGCCCAUCUGAGACUGAGACUUCCGGCGAAGGGGCUGAUGGGAGUUUGAGUCCAUCAGAUGAAAUCAGUUAAAUUUACGUUGAUGAGCCAACUCUUCUUUUUGUUUAUUGAUUAAAAAUCUUUAUUCACAGAUCAAUAAAGCAUCACAUUCA